AUGGUCGAGCACCCGUCGAGCCCGAAGAAGUCGAUCGAUGACGUCGAGCGCACGGUGUUAAUCGCGGUGGAGAUGAUGGAGCGACAGCUCGGUCGACAACUCAGAGUGCUAUCGACGCAGGUGGCGGAUCUCUCGCGAGAGCUCUCGCGCACGCACACCGAGCUGAAACACUUGAUGGGGGAAAACUGUACAACGACAACAGUGACGGUGGACGCAAAGCCGGCGGCGAUGCGAUUGGAGAGCAAGGCGGAGGUCAUGGAGUUGAACGAGAUUGUCGAGAAGGAUAAGACGAAGGAGGAGGCGCAGAAGAAACCGGAACCCGCGGCGUGCGGGCUGCUGCAGUCGACGAAAAAGGAGCGCAAGAGUGAGGAUAAGAAGCGAAAUUUUGUGGAGACGGACGCAAAUGCGGAGGUAAUCGAGGCGAAGAAGAAGCGUACGUUUCUCGACGAUGACGACAGGACGUUUCUAGAUGAUGACCUGACUCAAGACGAGCAGUUGCUCGUCACCACGGGUCGCGGCCGGAUGGGUGAGGUGCAGUCAACACCACUCGGAUUCGCUUACUGGACGAAGGGCGACCGCGAGACACUCCUUUCGAUCGGGACGAAGAUCGGUGUCGAGCCGCUGACCAUGUACAGCAUGAACCGUUAUAAGCUGAAAUUGAAACAGUUCAGAGUGCAAGACGAAUUCGUUAGUGGCACGCGGCUGUGGAUUGUCCCACACGAAGACUGGGAGCAUCAGUACAUUCAAGAGGAUAGAUGCAAGGUUCUUCAAGACUUGUACGAUCGCAUCAACGACGUCUGGCCUGAUUUCCUGAAGAACACAAAACCUCUGGCCGACAUCAAGCGCUCCCAGCUCGCAAAGUACGAGAGCUCAAAGAGGUUCUACGACAUGGUGCAGGCGACAAUGAACCGGGCCGAGACGCAGGCGAGAACGGCGUGUGCCGCGGAGCAUUUGCACGAUUUAAAGAUCGUUCGUCUAGAGUUCGAGAAAAAAUGGCGAAGGGACGGUUUCUUACCCCCUAGCGAGAUCAUUGAGCGACAUUAG